AAAUGAAGGGGGAAAAAGAAAAGCUGUGGGAAUUUGAAGGGAGCCGCCGUCGAGUGCUCUUACACUGCCGAGAAGACGGGUGUUUACAAUUCUGCUGCUUCUCAUCGAUUACGAUUGCAAGAUUUCGGAGGCUUGAUUUGAAAUGGAGAUCAUUGAGACCCAAGAUUCAGCAAGUCGAAAGGGUCUGGUUAACGUGAAAUUCAGGCUUGGAUCGGAGACUCACAUGGUUGAUGUGAAUAAGGGCGGUACUGUGGUGGAGCAAUUGGUGUCAAUGAAAGAGGAGAGCAUGAAGAUACUGAAGGAGUUCAUCACAAAACAUAACGUCCCGAAUGAUGUUCCUGAUGACUUGGUCGAGGACCCAUCUGAUGACGACAGCCAGGAUGUCUCAGAAAAGGGUAGCACGAUGUCGAAGAAGACGAAGCUCGUGUAGUAAAAUCCAUUCCCAACGCCUGUCGAACAUGCAUGAUGCGUUAGAUGCCUAUGCUCUUGGGGAAGUUCCAAUUGAAGAAUCUGUUGCCUUUUUUA